ACGAACAAUGUUGGCGACUAUAUAACUGCUGAAACAUACGUCACAUCAACACUUCACCCUAACACCUCGAGCCCUCAGGUUCCGUGCCAUCAUGGGUUUCAGUGUAGCCUUCGUUUUGGCCACAAUUGUUCAUGUGAUUACAUCACAAGGCCCACCGCAAGAGUUCACGGGAGGACCGCGUUUCCCGCCAAAUCUUCCAGAACAAUGUCGACGUCCCCCACAAGACGUUAACAACCCUCACGAAUGCUGCAAAAUACCUCCUUUUUUCACUGAUGAAGAGUUCCAAGAGUGCGGAUUCAGGAAACUUAAUGAGGAAGGACCACCACAAAGACCACAAGGUCCACCUGAUUGCUCCAAACAAUUAUGCAUGCUUAAAAAGCACGAUCUUCUCAAAGAUGAGACUACGAUCGAUCACGAGAAGUUAGCGGCAUUUUUGGACAAAUGGACGUCUAAUCACACAGAAUUCCAGUCAGCUAUAGUAUCAGCAAAAGAGUUAUGCGUCGGAAGACAACUUCCAGGGCCGCCUCAAAUCUGUGAAGCUAAUAAAAUAGUCUUCUGCAUCAGUUCUACAUUGUUUGCUAAAUGUCCAAUUUGGGACGAAUCAGACGGAUGCCAAAAACUUAAAAAUCAUAUGGAGGAGUGCACACCUUUCUUCCAGAAUAAUCUUAAUAAUUCCAAUUAAACGCCAACUGCUGUACAAUUAUUUAAAGUAGAAGCACAAACUGUACUUAUUAUUAUUUAAAAAAAAUCGAUAGAGAAGAGCAUCUAUUCCACUUAUUCCUACUGAUCGCAUAAUAGUAGAGACAGGUGGAAAAAAAUCCACUCUUACCCUAGUGGGGAACGUUGGUAGGAACAAGUGGAAUUGCCAAUUAAAAGACCUUCAUGUCAUACAUAGCAUUACAACAGAGAGAGAAUCUAUGUCUUAGACAUGGUCUCAAAACAAAGAUGAAUGUAUUAUGUACCUUUAUUUUAAUAUAUUAAUAUAUAACUAUUACAAAGUACGAUGGUACACGCCACAAGUACUAUGUAUUAAACUAGUAUUAUUUUUAUUUAGAUUUAUUUUUUUUAUGUAAAUAGAAAAACUAAUUAAACAAUUAAAUAUUUUCA